AGCUUGAAAAUCGUUAUUUUAUUAUCAAACUUACUAUAUAAUUAAACUUUACAAUCGCAAUCAUUAGCCUACCGCGAAUGCCAAGAGCAAAUAAUUUGCUAUCACACGUUGCUCGGUGUCUGUAUGUACAGACUACUUGUACAUGUAUAUCACACUUCCCGAGUCAGAAGAGUGCUGCAGCUCCAUCAUUAAAUUUGUUUUUCGAAUCGUCGAUUUUCGAAUCAGUCAUACAAUUUUUAUUCAACUGAAUUAGUGUUGACACAGUGCUUGGUAGUGUUAGCUAAUUACUGUACUUAAAUUGGAAAUGAACAAUGGAUAGUUUAGAAAUCAUUGAGAACAUCAGCGAAUCUAUAAUCGAUUUCGAUUUGAAUUUAACAGACAUAGAUAAUUCUAACGACAAUUAUUGGCUAAACCAAAAUCCAAUUUACAUGCUUGUGAUAUAUAUUUGUAUAGGAAUCAUCGGUGUAGUGGGAAACAUCAUUACUUGCAUUGUUAUAGCUACCAACAAGUCUAUGCAUACUGUAACUAAUUGUUAUUUGUUCAAUCUGGCUAUUUCCGACCUGCUGAUGAUCAUCUUUGCAUUUCCUGCAUUCGAUGGUUAUGACAGGUACAGCAGUAAGACUGUUUGCUUUCUGAGAGGAUUCAUAGCUGAAGCUUCGGUCUACAUCUCCGUGCUAACCAUCGUAGCAUUCAGUAUUGAACGUUACCUGGCAAUCUGUCACCCUUUCUUCGUCCGAGCUUUAUCUCACCUUUCUCGGGCUUCUCGAACCAUUCCAACGAUUUGGAUAUUGGGCUGCGCUGGUGCCCUACCCGUGGCUAUGCAAAUCGGUAUUAUACAUGAUUAUAGGUCGAAAGAUCGAGCCAUAUGCACCGUUGUCACAGCGUCUGGGCCAUUUUACCUAGAGCUCUCUACUGUUGUUUUUUUCAUUCUGCCCAUGAUUCUUAUGAUUUGGUUGUACACGUUGAUGGGCAUUAAAUUAAGAAGUUCGGGGCGAAGGCUAGAAACAAGAGACGGUGAAAGUAGACGGACCGAAGAAGAUGCGAGGAACAACAGCAACAAACGAGUUCUUAGGAUGUUGGGAUACAUUUAUAAAGGUUUGGUCAGUCCUUUCGUGCAGCAGUCAAACUACUAA